CUUCCUGGCAUAAACAACAUAUCUUGCUGUGUCGCUCCAGCAGCAGCUAAGUUAGUCGUCAUUGCGAUUGACCCUGUGGAUGCUGUUGUAGAGGCUUCAAGAUUCUCUUUUUCCACUAUGAGUGCAAAAGCUCUUCUCAUCCUCCUUGUGCUUGCCCUGGUUACUAUCCUGGCUCUAGUGUGCGUACUGCUGACCAAGAAGGAAGGUAUUGCUCCCUGUGGCACUGGAGCAGAGGCUUCCUUGAAGAGAAAGCAUAAUGAUCAGAGCCUGGUAUUUGCUGACCUAUCAGCAGAAGAGAUCGUCCACGUGUGGAAGUAUCUAGAGUCUAACUUGGGGUUGCCACUGGUUAAUGCUUAUUCUGCCAACUCUUCUGACAACUGCAUUUACUACGUGGAUUUGGAGCUUCCUCCCAAAGAAAAGGUACUUACAUUUCUGGACUGCAAUGGGCCACAGCCCCCCCGAGAGGCACUGGCUGUGGUUUACUUUGGAAACCAAACAGAUCCAAACAUCACAGAGUAUGUGGUAGGUCCACUCCCAAAGCCAACUUAUCAUCGAGAUGUGACCGUGCAAAAGUAUGGGCAGGGAUUAUCCUAUCACAUGAGACCGGUGAUGGGCAAUGAAUAUGAACAAAUGCAUCAUUUUGCACUGAGUAAGUUCCUCGAGGCACCCACUUUCCUGCAGCAGGUAUUUGGGCACAAGGGAGAAAAUUUUGCAGCCCUCACAACUGCCCCUCGAGGGUUCCAGUCUGGAGACCGCUUAACAUGGACCACUCUGUUCCAGAACGUAACAGGUUACUUCCUCCAUCCAGUGGGACUGGAGCUGCUGAUAAACCACAGCAGCCUGAACAUCUCUCAGUGGUCUGUGCCAAAGGUAUUCUACAAUGGCCAGUAUUAUAAUGGCUUGGCAGAGCUGGAAAAAGAAUUCAGAGAGAAACAUGUGUCUAAGGCAGAAGUAAAGAAACUCCCACCAGACGGGUUGUAUUCCUCAAUGUAUCCAAAGGUUGCUCCUCAGGGAUCCGGACCUUUGCUCUAUGAGCCUUGUGAGAAACGCUAUAGUGUGAAAAACAACCAGGUUCUUUCUCCAUCUUGGAGUUUUGCUUAUAGGAUGGAUGCAAACAGGGGACUAAAUCUCUAUGAUAUCAGAUUUAAAAACCAAAGGAUUGUCUAUGAGCUCAGUGUGCAGGAUGCCAUGUCUGCCUACGGUUCUAACACCCCUGGUGCAAUGUUGACUCGAUACAUGGAUGCACAUUUUGGAAUUGGGAGGUUUGCUUAUUCACUGGUGCAAGGGGUUGAUUGCCCAUAUUCUGCCACCUAUCUUGAUACUGUCUAUUUGUUUGAGAAUUUGAAACCAGACGUCCAUAAGAAUGCCAUCUGUGUCUUUGAGCAGAACACAGAGGUCCCCUUUCGAUGCCAUUUCUCCAACCUCCAGUCUUUCUUUUAUGAAGGCCUGCCUGGCUCUGCACUAGUCUUGCGUUCUGUGGCUACUCUGGGGAACUAUGACUAUGUCUGGGAUUUUAUUUUCCAUCUCAAUGGUGCUAUUGAAAGCAGAGUCCGUGCCACUGGGUACAUUACCUCUGCUUUCCUCUAUGGUGACGGAUUAAACUAUGGCAACCGGGUUAGUGAUAACACCCUUGGGACAAUCCAUACUCACUUCAUCAACUACAAAGUGGACCUGGAUGUGGGAGGUGUGAAAAAUUCCUUGGUAGCCAAUGACAUGGCUUUCGAAAAAGUGAAGACCCCUUGGAGUCCAGACAAUGAAAUCUUCCAGAUGAAAAUGACUAAAAAAGUCUUGGAUACCGAGGACAAGGCCAACUUCCACCUUCAUGACAAAAUGCCAAGAUACAUAUAUUUUGAAGCAAAUAGCACAAACAAAUGGGGCCAUAAGCGUGGCUAUCGGAUCCAAUUAAUAAGUUUCGCUGGCGACCACCUUCCAGAGAUGGAUCCCAUGGAACGAGCCGUCAGUUGGGCCAGGUACAAACUGGCUGUCACAAAACGAAAAGAGAAAGAAUCUUUUAGUUCCAGCAUUUAUAACCAGAAUGACCCCUGGACACCUACAGUUGCCUUUGCUGACUUCAUAGACAAUGAGGAUAUUGUUGAUGAGGAUCUGGUUGCCUGGAUCACCACUGGCUUCCUGCAUAUUCCACAUGCUGAGGAUAUCCCCAACACUGUGACGGUUGGGAAUUCAGUAGGCUUCUUCUUGAGACCCUACAACUACUUUGAUGAGGACCCUUCCAUCCAUUCUCCUGAUGGAGUUUUCUUUACCAGCAAGCAGGACCCCACCUCCUGUGAUGUCAACCACAUUGCCUGCCUGCCAGAAACAGCUGCCUGCUUGCCCAACUUUCCACCUUUCACUUAUGAGGGCUUCCAGGAUCUGGCAAGACUCUGAUGCCUUCUAGACUUUGGGCAGAUGCCAACAUUUAGAGUUGAAACGACUCUGCUUCAUGUGUAACCAGGGGUGGUUAGCCCUGGCUCUUCUUGUUCAGCCUUCCCCCCUCCCACCUCCCUGGCUUGCUCACAUUGUACACAUUUUGGAAAUUGUCUUUGCAAUGUUUGUUUUGCUUUGUGCCAGGCAGAUCACUCAGGUCAGCAUUAUGUUUCACACCAGUCUGCUUCUCCUAAAUUGGGAGGGGGUGGCAUCAUGCAGCAUGUGGCUACAUAAACAAUCAAUACUUUUUUGGCUAUCUUCUUUCAAAAAAGAAUCCCAUGGACUGUGGUUUUGUGAGGUUGUUCAGGGAUCUCUAACAAAGAAUUCUGAACACUAUCACCAAAUUGCAGUUCCCAGGAUUCUUGAUUGCUGAGCAGAAGUCAUAGCUGUUCAACUGGUAUAAGCACAAUAUAUGUUUUUAGUGAGAAUACCUUCUUAUGUGAUUUCUUGCUAAGGAUCUAGUAUUACCCAGGAAUCAAAAGGUGGUGGUGGUGGAUGUAGUAUUUCAACAGAAGUCAGGGUACGUUCUUUUCCCAGUGUAUGAACCUGGCUUCCCUCAAACUUUACAGGUUGUAUAACAACAGACGUGGGAAAGAUGUACCCACCUGAAAAGUUUGUGGACUGGAUUUCCUAUGAGUCCAAGGCAGCACAGUCAACGGUAAAGGAUCAUGGGAAUGUAGUCCAGCAACAUCCAAAGGAUCAUGUGUCCCCCU